UCCACAUAACCUGUCCCUAUACAAACCUAUCCUGUUGUAGGAAAACAACAAGACCCAAAGUCAACCGGCAUUCGUAUGGUUUUCAGAUCCUGACUCGCCUGCACUAAUGUUUGAGUGUUUCCCCAAGGAGCUGUUUUUUUUUUUUUUUUGCUGGUGGCCGAGUGUGCAGCACACGGUGUGCCGCGACAUCUGCCCGACGAGGAAAGCGAGAGUCGCGUGAAGGAACUCGGAACUGAAAUCGGCUUAGUGGCGUUGGCGGGGGGGGUCUCUCAGGAAACAGCCGCUCUUGUAACAACUCGACCAAAGAUUUUUUUUUCUUUCUUUUUUUUUUUUUUUUACUCUUAUUGUUCUGUUCUUUCGUGUUUUAAUCCUCGUCCCCCCUUUCUAGUCUUCGUGGAUCUUUCAUGCAAUCGGGAUACAGGAAGAUGAGAAAGAAGCAUCAAGACAAUUGUCGCUCUUUUGAAACGGGCAGGGAGCACAGAUUAUGAUGUCACUGAGGAUGUCAGCUAAUUGAUGUUAUUUUGCUGGAUGUUUUGUUGCAAAGAGACCUUUCCUGACAUGCUAGCGACUGCAUUUAGGUUGGACUGACAUUUCCAGGAACGCCAUACUAGUAAAGCCCCCUGACGGAGCACGUGUGCUUUAACAGGUUACAAUACAUCUGAACAAAAGAGCCUAAAAUAUGGAAAAGUCAUGGAGAUUAUGGGGCAUUGCUCGGAAGGGGCUAUUGACUUUAGCAUCUUGGUCCUGGGCUCUGUGCCGCAUCUCACUGCUUGCUCUGAUUUUGACUUUUCAUCUCUACGGGGGCUUCCUGCUGCUGGUUUUAAUACUUGCCUCAGUUGCAGGUAUAUUGUACAAAUUCCAGGAUGUUUUGCUAUAUUUUCCCGACCAGCCGUCCUCUUCUCGUUUGUAUGUCCCUGUGCCUAGCGGGAUUCCACAUGAAAACAUCUUCAUUAAAGCCAAAGAUGGUGUUUGUCUCAAUCUCAUCCUGUUGCGUUACACUGGAGACAAUCCAACCUUUUCACCAACCAUAAUAUACUUCCAUGGCAAUGCAGGUAAUAUUGGUCACCGAGUUCCCAAUGCACUGCUGAUGGUGGUCAACCUGAAGGUGAAUGUGGUACUGGUGGAUUAUAGGGGCUAUGGAAAAAGUGAUGGCGAACCCAGUGAAGAAGGCCUUUAUAUCGAUUCCGAGGCUGUUUUGGAUUAUGUCAUGACUAGACCCGAUAUCGACAAAACAAAAAUUAUUCUGUUUGGGCGCUCACUAGGAGGAGCUGUAGCUGUCCACUUGGCUUCUGAAAAUCCCCACCGGAUUUCCGCCAUCAUGGUAGAGAACACUUUCCUCAGCAUCCCUCACAUGGCAAGCACUUUGUUCUCUUUUUUUCCUAUGAGAUAUCUUCCACUCUGGUGCUAUAAAAACAAGUUCCUGUCGUACAGGAAAAUUACUCAGUGCAGGAUGCCUUCUCUGUUUAUUUCUGGACUGUCGGACCAGCUCAUUCCACCAGUUAUGAUGAAACAGCUUUACGAGCUUUCUCCGUCACGGACUAAGAGAAUGGCGAUUUUUCCGGAUGGCACCCACAAUGACACGUGGCAGUGCCAAGGCUACUUCACAGCCCUCGAACAGUUCAUCAAAGAGCUUCUCAAGAGCCAUUCUCACGAGGAGACUACAAAGUCCUCGUCUAAUGUAACGAUUAUCUGAGGCGAUAGCAUCUCGGAUAGCUUCAUUUGUUAGUCUGUGAGCCGAGGUAACAGAAUGUACGUCUCUACUACUUGUGUUUAAAGUACUGGUGCAUUGAGGUGAGAAAUGGGAGCCAAACUCCAAAUCCCUGUUGUUUUCAUGAGCUGCCUUUCAUUUAAGCAAGGUUAAUGUUAGGUAAAGUGUUCACUUUAUCUAAUAACUUCUUUUUUUUUUAGUUAGGGAAAAAAUGGAAUUUUUUGUGGUGAGUAGUGUGCGUUUUAAAAAAUAAUAUAUUAAAACCUUUCAGUUUUAUGCAUAUCUUGGUUAAAUAAGGCAAGCUCUGAAAAUCAUUUUGGUAAUAAUGUCUUUAAAUUUAAAACGUUCUCUGCAUGUCUUCCGGGGAAUAAAACCAUACAAGAACAUACUAUUCUUUUCUGUACCUCAUAUACUGUAGCAAUGCUGUGGUUAGACUUUAAGCCAUUCUUUAAAAACAAAAAAAAAAAAGAAAGAAAAAAGUUAUUCAUAAUGUCAUGAGUAAUUUUUUUAGAAAAGCAUUGCACUUUUUACUUUCCUUUGUCUUAUGAGAAACAAAGCCCUACUUUUCUAAUGAUGUUGUUUGUAAAGUGAUUGAAAUUUUAAACACGCCUGGUCAUCUCAAAAAAAAAAAAAAAAGAUAUUCUCGCACAUUAGUGAAUGCCAUUUUUCAAAGUGUUUCACAUUUUGAAGUACGUGCAAAAAAUAAAUUAAUAAAUCUGUCGACAGGUUCGGCGGAAGUCUUUCGUAUUAGCCAUUUUUUUUUCUCUUCUCUGCGACAGAGAGCCUUACAGAUGCACUGCACAUUAGCGAUUGGCUUUCGCUGCUUUACGUUCUUUACAAGGCCUGCCUGUAAACUUCCCUCCUCCUUGUAUGGAUAAAGUUUAAACCCCAACACCAAUGUUGAUAUUGUAAUUAUACAAAUUUUCAUCUGCAUCUUGUUUCUCGUAAUCUUCUAUACGGUUACGCUCCAUUUUAUUGUAAUAGUCAGCCUGGUCCAAAAUAGGGCAAGUUGUUUGUGUUAAAGUUUUUAUUGCUUCUCUUUUGUGUUUCCUUUACACAGUAAAUGUAUUGAAAGAAUUUAGAGUUUUUCAGGUGUCCGAAGUGCAAAAUAAAAAAAAAAUAAAUAAAAAAAAAAA